GUUCAGGUCUCAGUAAUUAGUCGGUUUCGAUAUGGUCCACUGUGGCCGAUCGUUGAAUGGUUCAAAGACGCGACGCAAGAGCACAACGAAGCUAUUGACGCGGGAGCUGAGCUUAGAAGAAGGGUCGUUGACGGACCAUUUGGUUGAAUCUACAUCGGAUGUGAAACUAAUUAGAGACGAACUAAUGAAUAUCUUGGUUGCUGCUCGCGAUACGACUGCUAGUCUGUUGACGUUUAUGUGCUACUUCCUUGCAAUCCAUCCAGAAGUGCUGAAGAGACUCCGCGAAGAAAUUCUGACUUUGGUGGCCCCGGGGGAAUCUCCGUCGUAUGAAGACAUUCGUAGUCUGAAAUAUUUGCGUGCAUGCCUGAACGAAACUCUUCGUCUCUUCCCACCAGCCCCGAACAAUGAACGCGCAUCAGUCAAAGCCACGACUCUUCCCCGCGCAUCCCCACUCGAGAAGCCGUAUUACAUGCCUGGUCCGCAUACCACAAUCAUCUACACUUUCUUGCUCAUGCAUAGGAGGAAAGAUCUAUGGGGAGAAGAUGCAGAUGAUUUUCUACCGGACCGAUGGCUUGACGAGAAGCGCGUUCAAGAAUUGAACAAGGAUUCAUUCAGGUUCUUGCCUUUCAAUGCAGGUCCCAGAGUCUGUUUGGGAAAAGACUUUGCUUACAAUCAAGCGAGCUUCGUGAUGGUCAAACUUCUUCAGAACUUUGACACAUUUGAGCUUCGCCAGAAGCAGGACGCUCCCGAGGGUGCUGUCCCUCCGGAAUUUUGGAAAAAAUCGAGUGGCCGUGCUGCAUAUGAACAGGUGUGGCCUCGGAGCGCCAUCACGGUGUAUGCUAAGGGAGGAGUGUGGAUCCAUAUGGGCAUGUCAAGGUCUCGAGAAUGAUUCUUUUGUCAAGUCCGUGUUCGUCCCUGGCCCCAAUCCUAAAAUGGAGAGCCUCUAAAAUUUUCUUUCACUGCCCAUAAUUUGGUGUUCCCACACGGGCACGUCUCCAACGUAGUGUGUGGAUUAUAAACGCGCAAUUCGAUAGGGCGUGGGUUCCCUGGCGGAUCUCGAGCAAGAACUAUCGCAAACAAAACCA